AAAAAAUUAAAAAAUAUACGAGAUGAAAUGAGUUAUUUUUCCAAAAUUCGAAAGAAGGAAUAUAUGUAUUCUCAAUUGACGUCGAAUAGAGAAGAUGAAUAAAUCGGAGAAUAUUUCUUUGAAUAAAAUGUCACCGCACAAUAGGUUAAAAUGCAAUCUUUGUCCUAGAACAUUUUCCAAUGCUUUUCAUCUUAAUCAACAUUUGCGAAUUCAUUUAGGAGUCAAGCCCUACUGUUGCCUCAUAUGCUCAAAAAGAUUUACACAAAUGUCUCAUCUAACCCAACACACAAGGGUGCACACUGGUGAUAGACCCUAUAUUUGCAAUAUCGCCACUUGCAAAAAAAGAUUCUCUCAAGUGGCCAGUCUCUUAUUCCAUUCUAAGUGUCAUCAAAAAGAUUUACCCUUCAAAUGCAACAGUUGCUACAAAUGUUUUCCGGGGGAAGAUAAGUUGAAAGAACAUAUUUAUUCUCAUUUUUAUUCUAAGCAUUUGAGGAUUUAUAUAUGUACAGAAUGCGGAAUGUCCUAUUCCGAAAUCACGAAACUCAAGGAGCACAUGCUUAAACAUUCGCGACAACCAAAAUUGCUAAGCAAUAAAAAAAAUGUAAAUAAAUAUAUUCGUAAACCUAAAGAUACCACAUCUAACAUGCAUAAUUUAUCCCUUCCUUCAUCAUCAGAAUCCGAUGAAGUAAACAAAAUUAAAAUUAACGCUAAAUCGCAAGAUAAAAUCGCCACAUUUCCCGUACAAAGUUAUGAAAGAACACAUGUUAACAACUUAAAUACUAAUCCAAGUAACCACACAGAAUUUAACUACCAAGCCUUAUGUAUCAAAUACGAAUGGGGAUGGGGAGAUUUUAUCUCCUUGAACAACACUUUCCAUGUCAAAUCAGGAAAUUCUCCCUGUAUGACUAAAUCAAAAACAUCUAGAAUUAUUGAUGAACCAUUAGAAAUGCAGGAGAUGAGACCUAGUGUAAUAAAAGAAGUCAAAGGAGACGCUAAUCCCUUUACAAUAUCAUGGACUCGAGCUGAAGAUAAUUCGUUUAGGGGUCGCGAAAACUCAUUAAAUAUCGUUCAAACUGCAUUUAAACAAAAUUUCACCAGAGAAUCUAUAAUAAAAAAAAUGUACCCUUAUAAAGAAUAUCCAUAACUUAGUAUAUAUUAUGUAUAUAUAAUACAUUUAAUCAUAUUUCAA